GCUAUAGCAACGGCAAAAACAAUAAAGAAGUAUGGUGAAUCUAGUAGUAGUAGUGAUACUAAUAAUCUGAGGGAAAUGAAUGUUGAAGUUUCGUUUGAAUUAAUUGUUGAAACUCAUAUUCGUCUAAUUCGACUCAGCAUCUUAGUUCGCUUCUUUUUAAACUUGUUUGUUUAAGCGGAAUAAGAAAGUGAAAAUAGUACAUUAAGAAAAGGACUAGUACUUGAUAAGAAUGAUGAAUAAUUCAGGAAUGCAGACCACAUCGAUCAUAUACACACCAGAAGACUGGUCUCUUAACAAUCAGAAGUGGUUUAAUUUAUCGGAAAGACACAGAAAGGAAUUCCAAAGAAUUAAAGAAGAAGCCAAAUCUAUUUCACAAGAGAAAGCAGUUUUAACUCAGGUUAUUCAGGAUGACGUCACCAAGAAACUUGGUUCUCGUGCCAAGGACAUUUUUAUUUGGAAGAAAGAGUUAGAAAAAACUAUAGAAAAGAUCACGACUGAGACUCAUAAGCUCAUCAGUCAGAAAAAACGUUUGGAAAAUGCUCUGGCAGUUAGUGACACACCACUGAUGUUAGCAUCUGAAUGUCUUGACCUUCGAAAACAGCGAUUAGCUACUGACCUAGUAGAAGAUAACGUUCAAUUGGCAUUGUGGGCAAUCAUUGUUCCUUCAUCACUGGGUUAUCGUCUCCCACCUGUGGCCAUUCUUCAGACUUCAGUGAGACUAUGAAUGGGUAAGUUAUCUUUUAUGUACCUCUUACUAUUCAGGGGGCACUUUCCUUUUUUCCUGUAUGGAUCCUGCUCUGUGGUGCUUGGCCAGAUAUACUUCAACUAGUCAAAAUCUGCACUGUAAAGGCAGGAUGACUUAAUAUUUAUAAUUUUUCAUGGCCACUAAAAUGUUCACUGUUGAGAUGGGGUGUUCCACGAGAUCACUUGUAGGAUUUUUCCUCAUAAUAUCAAUAUACCUCAUUAAUAUGCCCUUUCCAGACUGUACUCAUGCAUAGACUUCAUAGGUAAAGCAGAAGGGGAUAGAUACCCAUUCAGUUGAGAGUAGGGCACAUCCUUUUACUUUCACCAACAUUGAUGUACUUUAUGGGAUUGAGAUUCCAAUAUCGUAUAGUUUGGAUCCAUAUCCAACCACUAUUCUUUCCCAUUUGGAUGUGCUCCUUCAAACUUCCACCCAUGUCUGCAUCACCUCUUUCCACACUGGAUGAACAGUAUACCUGGUACAGAAAUGGUGCUGUCUCCCAAGUAUAAUCCUCUAAUGCGAGGAUUUCCUCUUUUAGGGUGUUCUUUGGACACUUUUGAAGGGUGCUUAUUUUUCCCCUUGCACCGGUCCCUCCACCUAUUCAAUGUGGGAUUCUAGCUAUUUAUGUGAGUAGAGGUAAUGUACCAUAUCAGAAGUUAUAAUUUUCCUAUACUGAAAAUGUAUUUCCAAAACAUACUUACCCUCCACUGACACUUUAGCUAUUCCUUGACAUUGGCUUUGCCUAUCUAGGCAUUGGUCUAGCAUGCUCCAAACAUUUAUACCCCACUUAAAUGCCCUUGGCAAUAUCUAAUUUGCAAAUUCAUCCACCUGCGUCAAUGUGCCCUCCAUCCUGACACUGUAUAUAAGCACUUUACUCAGAUAAUGUAAUUACUUUUUCUCGACAAAGCGUUGGUCAUGGUUUUGUCUAACAAAGUGUUGUGGUUUGUUCAGGUAUUUUUGCUUUUCGCGUCGCCUUGUGGA